AUGGGAAAGUUUAGCACUUACAGGUACUUGGAGUUAAAAGAUAGUACCACAACACCACAUAUCAGCACAAGAACAAUAUCUUUAAAGCAGCCCAGGAGGUUAAAGAAAUUUUUUAUUCUACUCAUCAUAUUAGCAUUAUGCGCAACAUACUUUAUGGGGCUCUUCGCGGGGCAGACACAGUGGUUCGAUGGACUGGCUAAGAGUCUCGGGUACGAGAGCGUGUACCACCACGCUGUUAUUGUCGACGCUGGGUCUUCAGGGACCAGGGUCUUGGCUUAUAAAUUUAGAGUACCGUUUACAGUAUUCGGACCACAAAGUUUGGAUCUAGUUGAAGAAUUUUUCGCACAGUCCAAACCAGGUCUGUCUUCCCACGUGGAUGACCCUGAAAAGGGUGCUGACACAAUAGUUCAAUUAAUAAAAAAGGCGGAAUUCCUUACUCCGUUAGAGAAAAGAAAAUCGACACCGUUGAUCAUACGAGCGACGGCCGGGCUACGUCUGCUGCCUAAGGACAAAGCACAGCAGCUUCUCAGCCACGUGUCUAAAGCAAUAUCUACAAUGGGAUACGAUAUCGGUCCGAACAGUGUGGAGAUCAUGGCCGGCGCCGACGAAGGCAUUUUCAUUUGGUACACAAUCAAUUUGUUACACAAUCUGUUAGGCGGCGAGACAAUGGCCGCGUUGGACUUGGGCGGUGGUUCUACGCAGAUUACGUACCAGUUGAGCGACAGCGAGGCGACGCAAUACCCGGAGGCGGACAGGCACGUCGUCCCCGCCGGCGAGAACGUCACGCUCUACACGCACAGUUACUUGAACCUGGGACUUUACGCUGCUCGUUACGGUAUCUUCCGUUUAGAAGCCGGAGACAAUGCCACGAAUGAAUUUACAUCGGUCUGUGUUGACCCCAUCAUCCAACGGGAACCUUGGACGUAUGCUAACAAACAAUACUUUAUAAGUGGAGCGCCGCGCCCGGCGGGUAUGAAGCGCGAAGCGGCGUACGCGCGUUGCCACGAGGUGGUUCGGCGCUACACGCUGCGUGCGCUCGACUGGGAGCCGCGCGAGCCGCCGCGUGGCGCCGUCGCCGCCAUGAGCUUCUUCUACGACGUGGCCGCCGACGCGGGCGUCAUUGAUGUGAUGAGGGGCGGCACGGUAUCCGUGGCGCAGUACCGCGGCAGCGCGCUGCGCGCCUGCUCGGCCGCCAACGUGGAGCAGCCCUGGGCCUGCAUUGACCUCGCCUUCGUGAUCGCGCUGCUGCACGACGCCUACAAGAUGCGCGACACUGACCCCGUCUCUCUAUUCAAAAAGGUGAACGGGCACGAGGUGUCAUGGGCGUUGGGUCUCGCUUACUCCACGGUUAUGAACAGAAUGGCUGCCGCCGCCGCCGCAUAG